AUGGAUUCUAAAGAAAUUGGAUUUAAUGAACAAACAAAAUUUACAAGUAAUGAUUAUAACAAUAAUGAGCAAAAUGAAACCUUAUUAACAGAAAUUGUUUUAAUAACAACAUCACUUGGAGGAAUAAAGGCAUCGUUUUUUUCAUCAUUAAGAGCACAAAAUUUAUUAAACUGUAAAAAGUAUGUAUAUUUUGUAAUAGAUUCCAACAGGGAUACAAGCACAGCAAAAAACUUAAAAGAUACGGAGCUAUAUACUAAAUGGAAGAAUGAUCAGUUAUUGCUCGUUAAUGAAAAUGGAGUUAUCUUGCCUCAAAUUUUAAUAGAUGGAAUUUCAAUAGGAAAUGAUAUAGAUUUACAAAAUUUAGAAGAUGAAGGAAAUUUGGAUUUUAUAGUCGCUAGAUUAAAAUGUCCAAAUUGUUUAACUGAAAAAUCCAAUACUGAUGAAAGUUGCCCUAAUUGUAAAUAUGAUUAUGUUAGCGUAAUUUCAGAAGAUUUAAUUAAAAAUAAUGGUGUAAUUAGAAUACUACAAGGAGAUUUAUAUAACGAAGAAAAUGUAGAAGAAUAA